AUGCUGUACGCCUUCCCAAGAUAUGUGUCGAUUAGCAUCUAUACUCUGUCGAACAAACAUGAUUGGAUACUUACUUUACAAAGGCAUGCAGCGUCUGCAGACGAAAGAGGUUUGAUGGGACUCGACCGGUCUGUACCCCCUGCAGGACAUUUCAAUUACCUUGCAAGUACGAGGAUGCCGUGCGACACAAGGAAAAGCCCAACCGCUCGUGCUUCCAAAAGUCGCCGAGUGCAGUGUGACUCCCAUAGAGGGCCAGAGCAUGUUCAACAUUCAGAUUCAUCCGAUUCCGAAAUACCCACUCCGAGAGAUAAUACCAGUCAAGCGGCUUUUGAGGCCGAGGCCUGUGGAGGUGAUCGCGACGAAGGGUCAUAUACCCUCAAUAACCCAAAAGGCGCAAUGCGCUUCUUUGGCGCAUCUUCUCAUUUUUUCAUUGCUUCCCCUGAGGGUGUGGGCUGGCUUGACAACACAAAGGGUAACAAUAUGUGGCGCCAUGCCGUUCAGAGAAACGGAAGUCGGUGGAGGCUAGCCGACUGGUGCUCACUGCCACUACCGUCCAAGUCGGAGACAUUAGAGCUGGUCCAUGGGUAUUUUGAGACCUUCAACAGGGCCGUGCCGCUAUUUAGGCCCGAAAACCUCAUGAUGCAGGUCAACAGACACUACUCGUGGAAUCCUAACGAGGGAUCGUCAUGGUGGGCUGCAUUCAAUAUUGUUCUUGCCUUUGCUUACAAACAAAGAGCCGAGGGCUCAGGAUGCAGCAGCGAUGACUGGCAAAAAUCCAUUGGCCACGUUAGGAAUGCAAUGAAUGUGGUGACAAAGCUUUUCAUGCGAACUUGUACCUCGCUGUCCAAGGGCUGCUCGGCCUGGCACUUUACUUUCAAGGGACGCCGAACCCUCAAUCUCUGUUCAUAUUUUCCGUUGCCGCUGUGUGCCUGUCGCAUUCUAUCGGGUUGCACAAAUCCAACUCUUUUGGUCUUCCGGAGUCCCAGGUCGAAGAAUGAAAAGGGUGUUUUGGAUAGCGUUCAUUUUAAACGCCUAUGUCCCUCAGCGGGCGGGCCGCCCUGGAUCUCAGGACACCCAGACUUCAACACUUUACUUCCUUGCGAGGACCCACAUGAUGGGUUAGGUAUGACGGAGAUCAGAGGCACAAAGAUCAACUUCUUCUCAGCUCUCGCUCGUCUUGCUAUUAUACAACGCAAAGCCUGUGAUACACUGAAUAGUACCGAGAGGUUCAGGAAGACUCGUGAAGAGCUGAUGAAGGAUUUCGGCCGCAACGAAACUUUACGGGUUGUCACCGCCCUUAUCUACCGCAUAUCUUGCUUUGUAUACAACAGGGCCAUCAUCAAUGGCUACUCCUCUUGCUUCGAAUAG